CGGCGAGUGCCCAGGGAUCGCUUGAAUCCCAUGGAAGUGUACGACGAGUACGAGUUUUUGUGCCGCUUCCGAUUCAGCAAAAGUGCCGUCCAGCAGCUGCUCGCUAUGCUGCCUCUGCGGGAUAACACCGAUGGACGUGGGCUCCCUGUGCCGCCUCUCCUGCAGCUGCUCAUCACGCUACGUUUCUAUGGAGCCGGCACAUUUCAAAUUGUGACCGGCGACCUAGUGAAUGUUUCCCAGCCGACGGUGUCGCGGGUGAUCGAGCGCGUAUCCACUAUGAUCGCCAGGAGUCUCUUUCCUGCGCUUGUGAAGUUCCCCAGCGCUUCAGAAGUGAGCGGUGGGAUGCAAGCAUUUUACCGGAUUGGGAAGUUUCCCGGUGUUAGCGGGUGCAUUGACUGCACCCAUGUGCCAAUUAAGAGCCCCGGUGGUGACCACGCCGAGGUGUACCGUAACCGGAAAGGAUAUUUUUCGAUAAAUGUCCAGGGAAUCACGGGGCCUGACCUACAGUUUUAUGAUGUAGUGGCUAGCUGGCCAGGGUCUGCCCAUGACAGCAGAAUUUUUGACUGCAGCCGUGCUAGAGUACUGUACGAGACUGGGAUCGUCCCCGGCAUUCUGCUUGGGGACAUGGGCUACGCCUGCAGGCCAUACCUCAUGACUCCUCUUAAGGAUCCUGCCCAAGGCAGCCCAGAAUACAGGUAAGCUACCAGAACCACAAACAGCGUGGAACGCGUGUUUGGUAUCUGGAAGAGGAGGUUCCCAUGCCUGCAGAUGAAACUGCAAAUUGAGACGGACACCUCACUCACAGUCAUCACAGCAUGUGCGGCACUUCACAAUUUGAGCAGAAUUUUGCGUGACCCAUGCCCUCCCAGUGCACCGCCCCACACUGCACCUAGCGUUCACCAGCCUGCACCAGCGUUGCCGAAUGGACAGCCGCAGAUGGCACUUCAAAACUCUGAUGGCUUUAGAACCCGUUCGCGUAUUAUUGCAAACUAUUUUUCAUAAAUGCAUGACAUUAUAUUUCACUUUAUAUUGUUUUUGAAAAGAUAAGAAAUAUAGAUAGGUAGGUACGUUCAAAUGAUGGAGGUCAGGUGGAGAAAUUAUAAGCAGUAAUAAGGUUAUAAUGGUAACAAACAAAACCGAGCGCUAAAGUGAAAUACAAAAAAAGGAGAGCACUACGCGAGACUCGUGCCAUGCAAUGCUUUCUUUGUUAUUUGUCUCAGUGCAGUUUUGUGUGUAACUGACUCGAAUCCAACCAGUCCAAAUAGUGGUCUUGUAUCUAUACAAUACAGCCUACGUCAGCUUUAACCUGUCAUAAAUGUAAAAGUGAAACAAUUUACCCCUCCAGACUGCAAUUAGUUGUAUUGAUUGAAAACUUACUUUCACUGCAUUUCUUAUACAUUCAGAAUCAUAAAAAGCUUCCAGUUGCAGAAUAGAUUAAAUUUUCAGUUCUUUCGCAAGUUUUUUCAAGUUUACAGGAAGUGGAUGCCAUGCGAAAACUCACUACAGGAUCAACUAUUUCAUGUCUACCUGGCUUGAAAAGCACCUUUCCAGCCACUCGAAAAUUGUGCCCAACGCAAUACAUUGUGAAAAACAGUCAAAGAAGUGUGCCUGCUACAUACAGUGACAUAAACCAAGCAAGAUACCUAGCCAUCUACCUUAAUACUCAUUUUAAUAAAACAUUUUGCAUAUUCCAUCUCCUGUUUUCAAGCCAUCCCAAGCGUUGGCGCCACCGACACUUGCAUGGUCAGAGUGCGCACGUACAUGCACAGCACGAGCAACACAACAGCAGUGACUGCCCGCACUUUACCAGGCCCUUCCUCUCAUUUGGCCAACACACCGUCGAACUACACCACAACCAUUCUAAAGGCAGCUGUUAGUUGCGGAAUGACGAGAGUACUAACAUACACAGUUGGCACUUGUGCGCGGCUUAUUUCUUAGUUUUUCUUGUCAAACGCUUUUGCAGCUGUUUGCACUAAUACCACAUAACCGCUGCCAAAUUUCAGACCAUUUAUAAACCUGUUGGAUAUGCUGCUUCCCCCCCCCCCCCACUCAAAGUGAUGCUAUGCACUUUUGAAUGUAACAAAUGCAAGGCAAGGAGCUAAACGUAUGUAACAUUUCUGUUAUUUACAUGCUCAAUGACAUCCCAAUUGCACAACAGAAUAUUAAGCGAUACAGUUGUCAUACCCAAUUGAUUUGACGUGGUUAGA